AUGUCAAGGGCGCAACACGACACUCAUUUGCUGGGACUGGUGGAUUCGGAUUCAGAGGACGGACUUAGCGGGCCUGCAUCUACUCGCUUUGGCAGCAGCAAACCCGCAACAAAAACAAAACCAACAUCAACAAUAACAAAGCCGAAAUCGAUCCUCAAGCAGACAACCACAGCAGCGAUCAUCAAGAAGGAACCCGUAAACAAACCCACCGCUGCGUCAACAGCCAAACGAGCGACACCCAAAACAGCAACAACAACAACAACAACAACAACAACAACAACAACAACAAAAGCCGCGACAACAACGAGACAACAAUCCGCCUCCGGCGCAGGCGCAAGCACAAUGGCUCCCGCCAAACGAAAGACCGCUUCCACCCCCUCCGUGGCCAACAAGCGAACCGCCGCCACCACCGCCGUGACCGCUUCCGCAAACAAAGUCAUCAAAGCCUCCGCGCAAAAGACCAAACCCCUCACAGCCCGACAAAAAGCCGCUCUAGCCCGCGCCGCGCUGGCAGAGAGUUCAGGAAACGUUACCGCGACGCCCUCUACCGUAGGAAAAGCGACUCGUGCAAGUGGAAGGGGAAAACGCGCUGCCGCUGCGAUGGCUCCCGUGGAAGAGGAAGAGAUGGAGUCGACCGAGCAGACCGAGACGAUUCUGGAGGAGGAUACGACCAUGCACGACGUUACUGUUACAGAGGAAGUUGAGGAGGCACCGAAGGAAACAACGACAAGGGCGACGAGGGGCAGGCCUAGAAAGACUGCUGUUGCGGAGACGCCUGUGCCGGCCACAGCAACGGCGACAAGAGGUGGAAGGGGGAGGAAGAAGAAGGUGGAAGAGCUGGUGGUUGUGGAAGAGGAUGAGACGACGACGACACAGCAGGAAGAGAUGACGGAGGAGAUUACACAUGAGGAGACUCAGAUUGAGGAGGAAGAGGAGGAAUCGCUGCCUAUUCCGGGAGCGUGGCGUAACGGGCCCGCACCAGCGAGCACAUCUAGGAAGUCGUCUUCGUUGGGGCUGGGGUUUAAGGCACAUACAGCUACGGGAAGGAAUGACGACGUGGAGCUACGGCGGAAGUUGGGCGAGAUGACGCAGAAGUAUGAGGCGCUGGAGCUGAAGUAUAGGGAUCUCAAGGAGGUUGCGGUGAAGGAGGCGGAGAGGAACUUUGAUAAGUUGAGGAAGCAUUCGGAGGAGAGGACGACUGCCUCUGGCCAACUAAUCGCUGCCCUCAAAGACGAACUCUCCUCGAAAAAGGAAGCCGCCAGAGAGACCACCCGUCUCCAAAAGCAACUUGAAGCGUCUGAGUCCCAAUUGUCAACCCUCAACGCCAAGGUCGCCGAGCUCACCAGCUCCCUCACAAAGUCCAAGACGGAAAUCAACGCUCUCAACAUCAAGCUCACCGCCUCGCGACAAGCCGAAGCCGCGGCGGCCGCCAGGAUUGGCCAACCCCAACAAGUCCCCGGCAGCGCCAUGAAGAACAAACAAAACGGCAACCGCAUGCUCACCAUGGGCAACUCGGAAGCCAUCGCCCAAGCGACGCAGCAGCACCAAUUGAAGGAGGACCUCUACUCGGAUCUGACCGGGCUGAUCGUCAGAGGAGUGAAAAGGAAUCAGCAGACGGGCGAGGAUGUGUACGAUUGUAUACAGACGGGGAAGAAUGGAACACUCCACUUCAAACUCGCGCACAUCAGCGCCAACACCGCCCACAUCGAUGCGGACGAGACCACCCAGGUCUUUGACGAAGACCAGUUCCACUACAUGCCGCAGCUCGAUACGAACAGGGACCGCGCGCUUAUUGACCUGUUGCCGGAUUACCUGGUUGAGGAAAUCACUUUCCCUAGACAGCAUGCGGCCAAGUUUUAUUCGAGGGUCAAUAAGGCUUUGACGGAGACGGUUGCGCCGCAGUAG